AGGUUCCCCGCUUCCCUCUUCAGGACACUAAGCAGAGUCUGCGAGCUCUCCAGGAUCUGCGAACAGAGACACCAGCCGGUUAGCACUGCUCCUCCUGUUGGAAAGCUCCCGCGGCCCGGCCCCCCUCCCGGGCCAGAGCCUGUCUCCCCUCUGCGUCUGGCCCAAAGCCCCUUCCUCACACCCUGGGAAGCCAGGCUGAGGUCAUGGCUCCUGCUGCUGCUCUGCGGCUCACAGUCCGGAACCCGCUACGCGGUGAUGAGUAUGGUGCCAACAACAAGACCCAGGUCACUCUGAGCGCGGUAUUGUCACCACGGGGGGCCUACAACCUGUCUAGGCACCCCUGGGCCAGAAACCCUUGACGGGCUCGGCCCAGCACGCGGGCCCCCGAGCCCCACCUUGAGGUAGGCAGCCUCCGUCUCCGCAAUGGUCCGAUCGAACUCGUUCCGAGAGGCUAUCUUGCGAGCCAGGUUCUCGUUGACUCGGGCCAGCUUCUCCGUCAGCUGCCUCACCUCAUUCUGCAGCCGCUGCUUCUCCUCCUCUUCCUGCUGGAUCUGCCGGCACAACUCCUCCCGCUUCUGACACAGCUCUUCGAUGCCUAGGGUGGGCCGAGAGAGACAGGCGCGGUGGGCCCAGAGCAGAAUGGGGAGCACCGCCCCUCCAGCUCUGGAGCCCCCUGCUCUGGAGGAGAGAAGGCUAGUGGAUAGUGGAGGACCCGGGUGCCGGAUGGGCCACCUUUCGCCCGAGCCAGGCCAAUGUCCUGCGUCCGAGAAGUCUCAGAGUUAAGGAAAGCACCGCGCGAGGCUCGAGGCGCGAGGCCGGGAGGCCGUGCGUACUCAAGCCCAUCGUCCUCUGCUCACUCCACAGAUACCUAGCCCUCGGGGCGGGCCACAACGCGGCUGUGCACUGGGCAGGUCCGCACGGCGUCCGCGCCGCCCCGGCCCGCAAAGCCGCGCACGGACCGUACAACACGCUCGGCCGCGCGCUGCGGGCCAGCUACUGCCCGGGACCGCAGGCCGGCGAGCCCCACGCCCUCCCAGCCUGCCCGGCGGGCCCCACCGCUCGGCCGCUCACACUUGACCAGCUCGUUGUUGUAGUUCUGCAGCGCCGCGCCCUGCUGGGUCAUGGUCGCCGUCCGGGGUCCCGGCCGCUCCAACCGCCGUUACCACAUCCGGGCCCGCGCCUGCGCACUGCCUACAGACGGCGAGUCCACGGUGUACGUCACCGCCGCGCGCCUCUCGUUUGCGUCAUCGCCGCGCGCCGCGCCGGCGGCUCUAGGAGCUGGUGGGAGCAGAUGGCGGCGGCGGAAGCGGCGGCGCACAAUGACCCCGGACCUGCCCAAGAGCUGCUGGUGGCCUGGAAUACCGUGAGCACCGGACUGGUGCCGCCGGCCGCUCUGGGACUGGCAUCCUCCCGGACCAGCGGUGCGGUCCCUCCAAAGGAGGAGGAGCUUCGGGCGGCGGUGGAGGUUCUCAGGGGCCACGGUCUGCACUCGGUCCUGGAGGAGUGGUUCGCAGAGGUGCUGCAGAACGACCUGCAGGCUAACAUAUCUCUCGAGUUCUGGAAUGCCGUCUCCCAACGUGAGAACUGUGCAGACGAGCCCCAGUGCCUUCUGCUGCUCCUCGAUGCUUUUGGGCUCCUGGAGAGCCGCUUGGAUCCUUACCUGCGUAGUCUAGAGCUCCUGGAGAAAUGGACUCGCCUGGGCUUGCUUAUGGGCACCGGUGCUCAGGGGCUUCGGGAAAAGGUUCAUACCACGUUGCGGGGCGUCUUGUUCUUUUCCACUCCCAAAACUUUUCAGGAGAUGAUCCAGCGCCUCUAUGGGCGCUUUUUGAGAGUUUACAUGCAGAGUAAGAGAAGAGGAGAAGGAGGAACCGACCCCGAACUGGAGGGGGAAUUGGACAGCAGAUACGCCCGCCGCCGGUACUACCGCCUUCUGCAGAGCCCACUCUGUGCGGGAUGUGGCAGUGACAAGCAGCAGUGCUGGUGCCGCCAGGCGCUGGAGCAGUUCCACCAGCUCAGCCAAGUCCUACACAGGCUCAGUCUGCUGGAGCGGGUCAGCGCCGAGGCUGUGACUACCACGCUGCACCAAGUGACCCGAGAGAGGAUGGAGGACCGCUGCCGGGGCGAGUAUGAGCGCUCCUUCCUGCGUGAGUUCCACAAGUGGAUUGAGAGGGUGGUUGGCUGGCUGGGCAAGGUGUUCCUGCAGGACGGCCCCAGCAGGCCUGCGUCCCCAGAGGCUGGGAGCUCCCUGCGCCGGUGGCGCUGCCACGUGCAGAGGUUCUUCUAUCGCACCUACGCCAGCCUGCGCAUCGAGGAGCUCUUCAGCAUCAUCCGAGACUUCCCGGACUCCCGGCCGGCCGUGGAAGACCUCAAGUACUGCCUGGAGAGGACCGACCAGAGGCCGCAGCUUCUUGUGUCCCUCAAGGCUGCCCUGGAGACGCGACUCCUCCACCCAGGCGUGAAUACGUGUGACAUCAUCACCCUGUACAUUUCCGCCAUCAAGGCGCUGCGUGUGCUGGAUCCCUCCAUGGUUGUCUUGGAGGUGGCCUGUGAGCCCAUUCGCCGCUACCUGAGGACGCGGGAGGACACGGUGCGGCAGAUCGUGGCAGGGCUGACCGGGGACUCGGAUGGGACGGGGGACUUGGCUGUUGAGCUGUCCAAGACGGACCCGGCCAGCCUGGAGACCGGCCAGGACAGCGAGGAUGACUCCGGCGAGCCAGAGGACUGGGUUCCCGACCCUGUGGACGCGGAUCCAGGGAAGUCCAGCUCUAAGCGGCGCUCCUCGGACGUCAUCAGCCUGCUGGUCAGCAUCUACGGCAGCAAGGACCUCUUCAUCAACGAGUACCGCUCGCUGCUGGCCGACCGCCUGCUGCACCAAGAGAUCCGCAACGUGGAGCUGCUGAAGCUGCGCUUUGGCGAGGCCCCAAUGCAUUUCUGCGAGGUCAUGCUCAAGGAUAUGGCAGACUCGCGCCGCAUCAAUGCCAACAUCCGUGAGGAGGAUGAGAAGCGGCCCGCAGAGGAGCAGCCGCCGUUCGGGGUCUACGCCGUUAUCCUCUCCAGCGAGUUCUGGCCGCCCUUCAAGGAUGAGAAGCUGGAGGUUCCCGAGGACAUCAGGGAGGCCCUGGAGGUGUACUGCAGAAAGUACGAGAAGCUGAAGGCCAUGCGGACGCUCAGCUGGAAGCACACCUUGGGCCUAGUGACCAUGGAUGUGGAGCUGGCUGACCGUACCCUGUCCGUGGCGGUGACCCCUGUGCAGGCGGUGGUCCUGCUGUACUUCCAGGACCAAGCCAGCUGGGCGCUGGAGGAGCUGAGCAAGGUGGUGAAGAUGCCCGUGGCACUGCUGCGGCGGCGCGCAUCAGUGUGGCUACAGCAGGGCGUGCUGCGAGAGGAGCCGGCCGGCACCUUCUCGGUGGUGGAGGAGGAGCGGCCCCAGGACCGGGACAGCAUGGUGCUUGUCGACAGCGACGACGAGAGCGACUCGGGCAUGGCCUCGCAGGCCGACCAGAGGGAGGAGGAGCUGCUGCUCUUCUGGACGUACAUCCAGGCCAUGCUGACCAACCUGGAGAGCCUGUCGCUGGAGCGCAUCUACAGCAUGCUGCGCAUGUUCGUGGUCACCGGCCCCGCGCUGGCCGAGAUCGACCUGCAGGAGCUCCAGGGCUUCCUGCAGAGGAAGGUGCGCGACCAGCAGCUCGUCUACUCCGCCGGCGUCUACCGCCUGCCCAAGAGCUGCGGCUGAGCCGCCGCCAGUCCCCACCCAGCCCCCAGGACGACAGUAAAGCAGACGGUUCUUCCUCC